AUGUCUCCCGCGGUGUGUGGUCCUGUUCCCCAGGUUGAAAAGGCUGUGAUGUUGAGUGAUCGUGCGCUGCGUAGAGUUGUGUGGUCGACCAGAGGUUCUGCUACGGUGCCUCCUGACGGGGGUGAUAGUUACGACGACUUGCGACCUCUGUCCAAGCGUUCACGGCAAGCUUUGAGUCUGUCUCCGCCUCGUGGUGAGGCCUGGGUCGACGUCCGGGAUUUUUGGGACUCUGGAAGUUCGUAUUCUUUGGAUGACGAUGUGGGCGACGAUGUUAGAGUGCCUGUGGCUCCUGUGGGCCGAGUUGCAGCGGUGAUAGGUCAUGUGGUGGGGUUGUCGCCUGGUCCUGUAUCUUCUCCGGCUGCCUCUGCAUCCCCGGUUGCUGGUUCCCCAAGAUGGGAGGUUGUGGCACCGGCCGAGGUUGCGGGAGAGGGUGGGGACUUGGUGCUGGUUCUUAAGAAAGAUUCUGUUCCGGCGGCCCCCGUGCCUCUGGCGUCCAUGUCUGUGCCUUCCGCGCCUCUGCCAUCGGUGUUGCUGACCGUUGCACGGCUGCCGUCUGCUCAGCCGUCCUUUGUUGCUCCGCCCCCUAUGGUGUCGGCCCCUGCACCAUCGCCCUCUGUGAUUGUGUCCCCUGCGACUCUGCCUGCUGUGUUGCCGCCUUGUAUCCGGCCGGCUCCUGCGCUUUAG